GGAUGGAAUCGUUGCUUAUUAGAUGUCGAUGAUGAGAACAACAUCGGACGAAAUGCUCCGUUAGAUCAGACCGGUGUGUUUCGACGGCACACUAAAAGCUGCGUUAAUACUGUCAGGAAUCUGCCAGAGAGUUUGGUUUAAUAUUUUAUCCCACUGUAGAUGAAAUAUAGAUGAUUGUCAUUCCCAUGAUGGGAUUCGGGGGUGAUUGAGGGCUUUUUUCCUCCCAUGUGCUGUUUGCUCACCGUAGGCCUGGGUGUCCAAAGGAUGUUUGAAAGGUUUUGUUGCCAUAGUGAUGGCCAGGGCUCAGGGGAGGGGGCAGGAUGAGGAAGCAGGGAGGAGGUGACGACCUGAGUGCAGGUGAGGCUGUCUGAUCUGCUCGUCUCACAGCUCUACUCACUCAAACUCACUCACGCGUACCAUGGAUUCACUGAACACGUCGUCUCGGCCCAUCUACAGCCGCUGGUCUUACAGACCCUCCAGCUCAAACAGCUUCUCCUCCACCGCCACUGCCAGUUCCCUAAAUGAUGAGAGCAACAGUCUGAGACAGCAGAAGCUGGAGAAGCAGAGAGCGUUGUUGGAGCAAAAACAGCGAAGAAAGCGGCAAGAGCCGUUGAUGGUGCAGCCGAACCCAGAAGCUCGGCCACGUCGCAGUCGGCCGCGCCGCAGUGAGGAACAAGCUCUACUUGUUGAUUCCCGUCUGAGCAUCACCAACGAUGUGAUCUUCGAUGGUAUUGAUGGACCUGCAGCUUUUUUGGGUUCAGAAGCUCCUGAUCUCAGUACAAAGAUCCAAGUGCAGUCGGUCAGCUCGCCACAGAAGCCUUCCCCUCCUCUCGAGGAGCCUGAGAGAGACGGAGACACUGAAACUUUGCUGGAACCUAAAACAGACAUUCACACGCUGCUGCAGAGACGGGGACUCCCAGACAGCGUGAACUACGAUGAAGUCAGUGAUGAUGAUAAUGAGGAUGAAGACGGAGCCGGGUCUCUUUCCCCUAAUACCGAGUCCACACGUCCUGCCUCGGCAUCCAGCACCAAGUCCAAUACAGAGUGUGUGACUGCGACCUCACCUACAGCAGAAGGUCCCUCUGUUGAAGUGGACAACCCGGAGGAGUUCGUGCUGAGACCGGCCCCACGUGGCGUUACAGUAAAGUGCCGUAUUACACGCGAUAAGAAGGGAAUGGACCGCGGCUUAUACCCCACCUACUUCAUGCACCUGGAGAGAGAGGACGGCAAGAAGUUGUUCCUGUUGGCUGGCCGAAAGAGGAAAAAGAGCAAGACUUCUAACUAUUUGAUAUCAGUAGAUGCCACAGAUCUGUCUCGCGAGGCCGAGAGCUUUGUGGGAAAACUGAGAUCCAAUCUUAUGGGAACGAAGUUCACCGUCUAUGAUAACGGCACAAACCCCAGCAAGAACUCCGGAGCUCUGCUGGAAGAGAGCAACACACGGCAGGAACUAGCCGCUAUCUGCUAUGAAACCAAUGUACUUGGUUUCAAAGGCCCACGCAAGAUGACCGUCAUCAUCCCUGGCAUGAACAUGAACUUCGAGCGUGUUCCUGUUCGUCCCACGAAUGAUCAGGAAUCUUUAUUGAGUAAAUGGCAAAAUCACUCACUUGAGAACCUCAUCGAGUUGCACAAUAAGGCUCCGGUGUGGAACGAUGAUACACAGUCCUACGUGCUCAACUUCCACGGAAGGGUCACGCAGGCUUCUGUGAAAAACUUUCAGAUUGUCCAUGAUAACGAUCCGGACUACAUCGUAAUGCAGUUUGGCCGUGUUGCUGAGGAUGUGUUCACACUGGAUUACAACUACCCCAUGUGUGCACUGCAAGCCUUUGCUAUUGGCCUGUCCAGUUUUGACAGCAAACUGGCUUGCGAGUAGCUCAUCUGUAUCUCAUGCAAAAACACACUUCUGACAUUCAUUCAUUCAUUCAUUCAUUCAUUCAUUCAUUCAUUCAUUCAUUCUAUACCUUGAAUGUUUUUUUCCCUAGUUUUCAGUUUCUCUGUUCUAAAAGUCCACUAUGCUCCUAGUCCUGAGUUUGUGCAUUCCAAAGGGAGGGACGUAAACUAACAAGAAAUAUAUGAGAUUGUAUCAAAAAGUUCGAAACUAGCUCUGUUUACAAGAAAGUCCUUUAUUUAUUUUCGUCGCCUUACGCAGCAAUACAGUGCUCCCAGUGUUCCUGCCACUUCUGGAAUGUGUCUUAUUCUAAGCGUGUCAAGCACCUGCCAUUCGUGCCGGAUCUCUGCAAAGGUGUCAAAACGGCGACCUUUGAACUUCAUCUUUGGGAAGAGGUUGAAGUCCACAGGAACCAAAUCUGUAGAUUAGGGUGGGCGCGGAAGUGCGAUUAUGUUGUUUCACGUGUGAGGAGAGACAGGGUAACGCCCGUGGUCAGAAUAGCAGACGUGGUAAUUCUGACGUGGUACGCAGGACCGACGUCUAUUGGUACAUUGAUUAUGAAGGUCGGUGCUCCCUGUGACUGUGCAUGCAGCCUUGUGCUGCCAUCUGUUGGCAUGUUACAAAACUAGUCUAGAAACUUUUGAUACUAUCUCGUAUAUCUUGUAAAAACAAAGAGCAAAGAAGUGGGAGGUGCCUGCUAAGUGGUUAGGGCUCUUGGUUACUGAUCGGAAGGCCCAGUCUUGCCAAGCUGCCACUCUUGGGGCCCUUCAGCACGGCCCUUAACUCUUUAUCCUCUAGGGGUGCUGUAUCAUGGCUGACCCUGUGCUCUGACCCCAGCCUCCUAACAUUACUGAGAUAUGCAAAGAAAUAAUAAUUUCCAUGUAGGAUCAAGAAAGUAUUCCAAAUUAAUUAGAGCUGAAGAGUUAAUAAGGAUAUAAUGACGUUUUUGCGUGGAGCAAUAACGUUCAACCUGCAUCACUUCUAAAACUCACACAGUCUCUGGUGAAACGUUUUUAACUGUGUUGUUUUAUCACCAGCCUGGAAAAUGUUUUUCUUCCUUUAGACUAAAGAGCUUCAAAUUCAUUUGUGAAAAGUAUAAUUAGGAAAAAACCGUGCCCCUGAAUACAUCAUUUGUAUUCCUUAACAUUUUGACACAACUUAUUUUCAACACUGAACCUUAAUGCUGAAAAAUCCGAACUCCGAAAGAACACAUCUGGAAUUCUGUAGUAAACAAAAUUGUGUUGAAAUACCCAGAAUAUGUUUUAUAUUUUCGAUUGUCUAAAGUAGCCCAGUUUAGCUUUGAUCUCAGUAAACUCAUGGCCAAACCAUUAAAUGCUAUAAUGAAACAGGUUCUCAUGAGGAACAUCUCAGGAAAGAAAGAAUAGGAGCUACCUCUGCUGCAGAAGAUAAGUUAAUAAGAAGAAUUACCAGCCUCAGAAACCAACGAUUUACAGCACCUUAGAUUAGAACCCAGAUAAAUGAUAAACAUUUCAACAUCCACUGUUGAAACAGAGGAGACUGUGUGAAUCAGGCCUUCAUGGUCUAAUUGCAGCAAAGAAACAAUUAUUUCAGAAGAACAACAAGCAGAAGAGAUCUUCUUGGGCCAAGAAACCCAUGGACUGGACAAUAGAUCAGUGGAAAACUGUCCUUUUGUUUGAUGAGUCUAAAUUUGAGAUUUUUGGUUCUAACAAUCGUGUCUUUGUUAGAUGUACGGCAAGUGAAGGGUCGGUUUCUGAAAGUGUGGUUCUCACUGUGAACCAUGGAGGAGGAGUUGUGAUGGUGAGGAGAUGCUUUGCUAGUGACACUGUUGGUUUUUUAAGUAAAAUUGAGGACACACUUAACCAGCAUAGCUACAACAUUAUUCUGCAGUGACAUGCCAUCCUAUUUGGUUUACAUUUAGUGGGAUCUUCAACAUCUUUUCCAAAAAGACAAUGACCCCAAACACCUGUAGGUUCUGAAAGAGCUAUUUGUCCAAGAAGGAGAGUAAUGGAGUGCUGCAUCAGAUGACCUGGCCUUUAAAAUUACUCAAGCUAAAUCCAGUUUGGGAUGGUUUGAGAGUGAAGGAAAAGCAGCCAACAAGUACCCAACACCUGGAAACUCCUUUAAAAUUAUCCCAGGUCAUCAAAGCUAAAUGGACCUACUUUGAAGAAUCUAAAAUCUAAAACAUAUACUGGGUUGUUCAAAGGUUACUACAUAAUUCCAUACACCACCUUUCAUAGUUUGGAUUCUUCUGUAUUAAUGUGGAAGGAGAAGGUGUGUCCAAACUUUUAACUGGUACUGUACCCCGAGGUACUUAAGAAAGGGGGUCACUUUGUUUAAAAAGUCCUUUUUUGUAUAAGGGAAAUCUAUCAUUCAUAUCUGAAGAUGUUUUUUUGUGUUGUUAUGUGUGUCGUUUCAGUUCUGUUUUAUAUCAGCACUUUGUGGCUGUAAAACCAGUUUACAGUUAACCGAGGGACAGUGAUCACUAUGAUGAUCAGUGUGAUCGGUGCUUUGGUGUUUGUUACGCUUUAAUCGGUCUUUUUAUAUAAUAACAGCUCACAAAAUAACGUUUUUAAACAUUAUUCUGAUUUUAAAUGCAGAUUUGUCAGUGUUUUUCCUGUGGUUUUCAAAUAUAGCUUAUUGUUUGUGUUGAAAUGUAUGGAAAUGUUGGAGUUUUUUUUUUUUUUUUUUUAAAGUAAGCAGACCUGAGCAUGGCAUCUUUUAUAUGUACCCCAGGCGGGUGAAUUAGACCGCUUUAUUGUCCAAACAUUUCAAACAUCCAGUUUAAUAUUCUCCUACAACAUCCAUUAACAAUUAAACUAAUCAAAUGAUCAACAUUGCAGAGUAAAUGAGUAAAAAUACCCCACUCUUCUGCAAUCCAAUGAUGUAUAAACACAGUAAUCCCCCGUUUAUCAAGGUGGUUACAUUCCAAAUCCGCCCGCCAUAAACAAAAAACCACAAUAAACGGACGCCACCCUAAAAAUGCUUUUUCAUGUAUAAAGUACUGUAUUGACAUUUUACUUCAUUUUAUAAUAAAUACUUAUAUUUUUAUUAAUAAAUUUCAUUAUUUCAACAUAAAACUCCAUAAAAACAUCUGCGAGAUAUCGGGAAAAUCAGCCAAACAAAUGAGUAAUGUGGCAAAUGCGAUUCCGCAAUAAACCAAGUGUGCGAGAUUCGAACCGCGGUAAAUCAGGGGAUUACUGUAUAUACAAAGAUGCAGAAAAUGAUCCCAAAAUACACGUAAUUUUAAGAUAUAUACUGGUUAUUCUUAUGGCUAGAGGUCGACCAAUUAAUCGAUCAGAUUGGAUUUUGCAAAUAGCGAUAGCUAGGUUGAAUCGUAUUGCCGAUAACCCGAUUAAUCGGCCGAUAGUUUUUAAAUCGAUACUGAUUAAACUUCAUUACAAAACAAAACAGUACUGAAUCAUGAAAACAUGUGCUAUAUGAAAUAAAUAUAUUAAUACAUAAAUAUAAUUCUCAUGUCAAAACAAACAGCACUUGGUGAUUUGCCUCUAGAGGCCGCUCUCGUAAUGACAGUGAACCGGAAGCAAGGAAUCUGUAUGGAUUUUUUCAGAUAGCUAUGGAAGUUUUAAGAAGCCAUGCGUUGUAAAAAAAAAAAAAAUGUUGUCCCGUUAUCUUGAAGAAAUGAAUUGUUUUCUCAUUAUCACGACUUGAUUUUCUUGUGAUCUCGACACAAACAUUGUUUCAGUACUUAAUUUUUUAUAAACUAUUAAUAAUUCUGAAUAUACAGAUCAAUUAAGUUGUAAUUAUGAGAAAACGAUUUUCGGUAAUUUGAGAUCACAAGAAAUAAAAGUGUUAUAAUGCAUGGCCUUUUAGGACUUCGGUAGAGACCCGAUCGUUCCAGCAAUCAACUAUUAACUGAUUAAUCGGUCGACCUCUAGUUAUAGAAAUACCGAAAUACUUCUCUUGUAUAUUUCAGUGCCGUCAUGUCAUUCUGAGGUGAAAGAGAGCGAAAAUGCUGAACCUUCACCGACCAAAAAAUAUGAAUUGAACAUGAUUUUAAUUGAUCCCACACCCCAGGACUAACAGAACUGUGUUUCAUGUUCGAAACAAUGCGCUCCCAUUCGUGAAGGUCGGUUCUUGGUUCCUGACAUCUGUAAUUAAGAACUUCUGCUUUAAUGGUUCUGUACAUCUGAUUCAUCCGAUGAAGCCGAUAUGAUCUGAUGAUCUGUGGUGUAGAAAGAUGAAUGUGUGCAGGGUCAUGCAUCUGAUACUGAAUGCUUUUGUGUGCCUUGUUAUUUUAGAUUUAUAAAAUGCAAUGAAACGAAGAAAUGAUUUCCUUCUUACAGCGAAAACACAAAUGACAAAGUAAUAUUUGGUGAUGGCGUGUUACACGUGAAACACAUCCAUCUCCUGUUCAGGGUUUGUUCCAGAAAGUAGAUCCUGAAGUAUAUUUGGUCAAAUCCCUGAAGUAAACAAGCUCAUUGUGGCUCGAGUUGAUAAAUCCACACACGGUACACAGUUUAACUCAGGAUUUAGCAUUGAGUUUGGAAUUAUUUGUAAACUCUGAAUCAGACCCUGGUGAUUCUGGCUUGUGUGCAUUUCCAUUGUGUGUGUGUGUGUGUGUGUGUGUGUGUGUGUGUGUGUGUGUGUGUGUGUGUGUGUGUGU